UGUAAUUGGCGCUAAUUUUUUGCUUGCUGCAAUUUCAAUGUAAACAAACUUGAAUCGUUUUGCUAAAUAAACAUAUUUUUAAUAAAUUUAACAACAAAAACAGAAAAAAUAUUUAAGUAAACAAAAAAUUCAACCUUGGCCUUAACAUUUAACAACAAAUAUGACCACUUUAAUAGAACAGUUAAUAACAAAAAUGGGCUUAAGAGAUGAGCCCAAUGUGUUAGAGAAAACCACCGAAUUAGUAAGAUUAUUGGAAUUACGUUCUACUAAUGUUCCCUUACAAAUAAAUGAAUAUGGUAAAAUAGUAUUAUGUGCAGAUAUAGCAGCCACAUUAAUGGGAAUACCCUUCGAUAAGGAACAAGCCUUAAAGAUGUCCGGUUUGCGAAAAUCUCAUUAUGCCAACAAUAAAAGAAUGUUUGAAAAACUCCUGGAUCUUAACAAGCUGGUGGGUGUCAAUGACAUCUGCCUACAAUUAAACCUUAAUCAGGUGAACAAAAAAGCCGAAGAGCUACUCGAACUCUAUCGCAAAGUUAUAACCAGUGAACAAUCCUCAGAUGUGGAUAUAAGUCAUCCACAGUAUGCUGCCAUGGCGGUGUUUUCGGCUUGUAAAUUGUGUAAACAAAAAGUUUCCAAAACAAAACUUAUGCCUUUCAGCAAUUUAAAACCCUCACAAUGGCAACAGCUAGAGCAAAGAUGGGAGAAAUUUAUGGCUAAACACUAUAAGGAUGCUUUGGAUAAUAAAUUAAUAAAACAAAAUUCUGAAGAUCAAGCCACAGCUACGGCUACGGAUGAUGAUUGUUCGAAGAAAACGUAUAGCGAUAAGAAACUACGUAACGAAAUUGAGGAUUAUGAAAAAUGGAAGAAACGUAUGUUGGCCAUGGCUCAUGCUAAAUUAAAAGAACAAGAGACUGGCGAUUCAGAAUGUUCGGAACAAAUUGAAGACGAUAAAGGUUUAGAUUUUACCGAUGUUAUAGAUAAUAUGAUAUUGGGUUGCUGAGUAAAGGAAAUUUCUGAUUUUAUUGCAUUUUUUAAAGGAGUGUUUUUUUAAUUUUAAUAAAAAUUUAAUUUAUUUUUUGAAAUAUAUAAAAAAUAGAUUUUUUUCUGAAAA